UGUGGUGCCCUUGUCUUAGUUCCCUGAUCCACCCUGCCGGGCUGGGAGCAGGGCUUGGGCGCAUCAUGGCUGUCUAAACACUGGCCGGUUGCUUUCUUGCUGGCUUCUGGUAAAUUGGAUUGUCGAGAUGGGAAAAGGGGUUUGCGGGCGUAGCUCCUGUUAAUGUUGCCGUUUAUUUUCCGCGUUUAAGAUACGAAUGUCCCUUCGGAUAAGGCUUUGAGGGGGUGUGAAAAUCCCAAUAACUAUACUUAGUGCUGUAAAAUAAUUCAGCGUGUUUUUGCAGUCCGCAGUGAGCGGCGCUAUUGCAGGACUUCGGAACAAGUAAUUGUGUUAAAUUAAAAAGCUGUGAUUUAAUCUAUGUUUUGAAGUCAAAGCUGACUUCUUUAGAGAAGAAUUUUUGAUUUUAUGAUUUCAAGAGGUGUGACUUAAAAACACGUGUGGCUUCCUUCAAGAAAAAAUGCUGUAUGAUUCAAACGAUUUACAGUAAUUCUGAAAAAAGCCAGGUUAAACGCCUGUAUUUUGAGGAGCGUUUGAAUAUUUGACCACAUACACUUGUUGCUGAUGGUUUAAAUAUUAUUUCUUUAUUGUACUUGGCUAUCUGUUUGAAGUAAAGGAAUAGAAAGGGUCAUAGGAAUGUAUGUGUUAAAUGCUGCUGUCAUACUGCAAGCAUUGUCCUAUCUCUUUAUACAAGCUGUUUGUAAAAUCUUUCCUUUUUGUUCUUGCUUGAAUUUCCAUGUAUAAAGCUAAGUAACUUGCUAAAUUUAUUGGGGGAAAGGGAGUUAAAUUGCAGUUGUUAAUUGGUACACGUUCUGUAGGUACAUUGUAAGGGCUGAUGCUUUCUUUGUCUUGUAAGCAGCAUGGAAUUUCCUUUCUUCACACUGACUUGUCUCAUUUUGGAUGAGGUCUUUGUUUAUCUGGAAGAGAAUAAUCUGGCUCAGAGGUUUCCUUCCGUAAAUUCAACUGACUCUUAAGCAGGCAGCAGAUUAAAGUUAAAAUCCUUCACCUGAAAGUCAGUAAUAAGAUGAGCAACAACAGUAAUAAGAGAGCACCAACGACAGCAACACAGAGACUUAAACAAGACUACCUUCGAAUUAAGAAAGAUCCAGUGCCUUAUAUCUGUGCAGAGCCCCUCCCGUCUAAUAUCCUUGAAUGGCACUAUGUUGUACGGGGACCUGAAAUGACUCCCUAUGAAGGUGGCUAUUAUCAUGGGAAACUAAUAUUCCCCAGAGAAUUUCCUUUUAAACCUCCUAGUAUUUAUAUGAUUACACCUAAUGGAAGGUUUAAGUGUAAUACAAGGUUGUGUCUUUCAAUCACUGAUUUCCACCCGGAUACAUGGAAUCCAGCUUGGUCAGUCUCGACGAUCUUGACAGGCCUUCUUAGUUUUAUGGUGGAAAAGGGCCCCACACUGGGCAGCAUAGAGACGUCAGAGUUCACAAAAAGACAGCUAGCUGCGCAAAGCUUAGCAUUUAAUUUAAAAGAUAAAGUCUUCUGUGAGCUCUUCCCUGAAGUAGUGGAGGAGAUUAAGCAAAAACAGAAAGCACAAGAAGAGCUCAAUAACAGACCUCCAUCCCUCCCUUUACCAGAUGUUGUCCCUGAUGGGGAAGCACACUACGGUCAGAAUGGAAUACCCCUUCUUAAUGGGCAUGUACCAUUGGCACCUGCCAAUCAUCCAGGUCUCCAACAGGCCAAUCGUAACCAUGGACUUUUAGGCGGAGCUUUGGCGAACUUGUUUGUUAUAGUUGGUUUUGCAGCCUUUGCCUACACAGUCAAGUAUGUACUGAGAAGCAUAGCGCAAGAAUGAGGAUAAUAAAAGAAAACCAAGACCAAAUUAGUGGUAGUUGCAGAAUGAGUGGGACUCUUUGGGCAUCUGACUCUGACACUGGGAUAAAUAUUUGUUUUACCAAGUUGCAGGUAAAACAUUGGUUGGCUCAUGGGUUAUGUUUGGGAAAUGGAGUAGCUUUGAUUAGUCAGAAAACUAAAAGAAGUUCUGCUAGCAGAUCCUCUUGUCCUUGCUACUAUCUAGUAGUGGCUCACAAACAAGUCAAAGCAUUAUUGAUGAGAUGCUAACAUUUCUAGUGCUUUGAUUUUUAUAGCAGUUCUCCAUCUGUUAUUUGAAAUUUGAAAAUCUUAAGCAAAUAAGGCUUUUUACUUCAUUGAACAAUUUUUAAAAUUUCACAAUUUAUGCAUAUCGUAUUUUAUUUUCAUUAGGGAAGAGUCUGUACAGGUGUUGAGAUGAUUCAAGUAGAGAUUUCAUGUGGACUUGAUAAGGGUUUGGUUAAUGUGAACAUUGAUGCUACAGAAGAUUGCUGGUUUCUUUUUUAAAAUAGAAAACAUCAUUGCAUAUCUAGUCAAUAGUGAUUAGAUGAGUGGGAAAAUAACACCAUGUGUGUUAAAUGUGUUGUCUAAAUUGUCACAAUGUCAUUGAAGGUUUUAUUUGGGCUACAAGAAGUGCAGCUGUCAGCCUUUAGGAAUGAUUAGCAAGAAGAAGCAUAUGAAUCAAUCUUUAGUGGGGAUACCCGUAUCCAGUAUUGUUUUAGAUUUGUUCACUUACAGAUUUCCAUUUUGUAUUUGAAAGCUGUAAUACUUAAUUUUGAUCACAAGGUGCCACUGUUGAAAAAAAUAAUAAAACUGCACACACCGAUGGAGAGUUGAUUGUGUAUUCAGAAAAUCUUCUCUGGAUUUCUUGGGCUUUGGUAAAUGAAGUAACCUAGCCCUUGUGAAGAUAAAAAGACAAAUGAUUCUGAAUAACAAACCAGCUUCUUCAGAGUCAACUGAAUUCAUCUGAAGUGUCACUAGCUGAAGUAAACCCUUAAAAUCAGUUCUGCUUGCUUGAUGAUUUGCAUAAACUCUUAAAAAAAGAAACACACCACCAAAAAACCAAACUCCAAACCCUUCUAAUUCAUUCUGAGAUCCUAGAAGCUUUUUGCUUUUAGGUGUAAGUUCAUCACUGUUCCCCUACAGACGAUUGAUGACUGAAAUACCGAUGUUUGUUCAUGGGAUUACAGGACUGUGGAUAAACACUAAAGCUCCUAGGGUAGUUCAAAAGUCUGUCUGCAAUUACUUUUUAAACUCAGUUUGCUUGGUCUCCAUCCCCCCCAGCUUAAUUGUAUCCAAAUGCUUUGUUUCAUCAGAGGCAAACUUAAUGUGCCUUUCAUAAUUGACAGUGAUGCCUAGUCAUCUGGGGAAGAAUGCACUCACUGUUAAUGGUACAACAAACUGUCAAAGCUGAUGGGGUAAAAAGCUCUGCAUCUCACUGCACAGUCUUACUUUAAGUAUUGUGAAGAGCCCAAAUAAAUAUUACCUCAUGUAUUUAAGAAUGUUUUCAAAACUGUUAUUUUACCUUUCAGAUUUCUUCUCUCUCUGCUUCUCCUUGUUAUCUUGAAUUGUAAGCGAAAAAUCUACUGUUAACCCAUGAGCCAUGCAGCUUAGAGCAUCAAUAAAUGUGACCAAUUCUCUGCAAUAGGUAGGAAUUACCAAAACUAGCAGAACAGCUCUAUACUAAAGAAAUCUUAAAGCAGUCCUUACUGAGGUAAGGAAGGGAAGGAGGAGAUGGGGUGUGUGUGGAUGGAAUUUGGAAAAGGCUGGAUUUUAAAAUGUAUUUAUAAAUCUUUGAUUUUUUUUUUUUAUUUUGUGGUUUUACCAAAUCUUAUUUAUAACUAUUUUUUAAUUUACCUCUUGUAUGUGCUUAAUCAGCUCUUGUAAAAAGAGAAGCACCAGUUGUAUCUAUCUAGAAACAGUUAUGUUCUGUUGGUCUGGGGUUGUUCUGGAAAGGAAGGGGGAGUGUCAUGUCUUUUCUGCAGUGAUAGGAUUUUCAAGAUUGCUUGUCAGACUGAUAUUUUUUUUCUCAAAGCAUAUGGACCUGUAGCUGAGGCUGUUCUGCCUCAUAGAUCUUAGUAUCAUUCAAACAUUUUUGUGUUCUCGCAAUGCCUUUUAUUACCAUUGACAUCGCCUACAGACAGAAGCUUAUAAUUGGUUGUCCAUGUUUAUCUUCUUAUCUUACGGAAGUUCGUUUGUCCACGUAAAUGAAGACAAAGGCAAGGAGACCUUGGGCAUGGUGUGUUUGCAUCCUUUGUGGAAUGUACCUAACCAAGGUAAAAGAACUAGUAAAAUCUGGAGAUGUUGAAUAAAAGGCAUUUUAUUAUGUGACAAGAAGUUGGCCUUAAGCUACACCCAAGCAUUUGAAGGUGGGUCUCUUGUUCUUAGUAUGUGCCACAAUUGGAAACAAAAAAACUUUGGUUAAACCCUGGACAUGCUGCAUUUUUUCUGAGGAUUGGUUGUAUUUAAAAAACAAAACUUCCAAUUGCAGUUUCUCUUCAGUACCUUGGAUUCAGAGAAAGACCUGACAGUCAUUUCAGGUGCCAUUUGUUGAAAGCUAGGAGCAAUAGCUGACUGAACCCUCGCACCUAUGGCUUACAAGAUUUUGAUACAUCUCCUUGCUCCUUGCCUUUGGUAACGGAAGAUUUAUUCCCUUUUGUGUAGGUUUUACUGUUUUGUGUUUUUUAAAAGAAUUUAUAAUAGUAUGCAGUAUCUGAUCUUUUUGUUACCAAAGUCAUUAGAUGGAGUAAACCAUUCUUUGCCAUGCAAAAAUAUUAUCAUGCCCUGAAGCAGUGCAUUACUUAAUGUAAUAAAACUAAAAGCUGUCCCUCAGUAUAUAUUCGAACAAAUGUCUGGCCCUUCACUUUCAUGCUGCAAUUUCAUAGAUUUCUGUAAGAUUGUUAUACGCAGGUGGUAGGAAGUUUUUGCAGCUUGAAUAGGAAGACGUCUCAGUGGUCACCUUUAAAGAUCUCUUGAUUUUUAAAAUCCUGGAUUUGUAUGUAGUCAUAACUUUUCUCCCCCUAAGAUUUUGAGGUCACGGAAGUUACCUUACUUCAAGCAUGUACUGAGGAGUAGAAAUGACUGCAUUGUAAAGUUGUUUGUUCAUAAUAAACAUUCAUGAUAAAAUUUA